CAACCACCACAAACUCCGACCGUCCUCUCCAGGCCUUUUCCCUCUAUAAACCUGCCAUUUGCUGUCUCCCAAGUCAUCCCAGUUCAGAACUGCUCCAGGAAAUAAUGAAUGAACAGAGAGAGCCUAGUUUGUUUAUUUACAAUCCACCAGUCUAAUCUAGUUUAGAUCCAGCGGCAGUCUCGGGGUGCCAAGGAGAUGGCAGUGCGGGGACAGGGCAGAGCCUGGGCCAAAGGAAGCCAGACCCAGUUCUUGCCAUGCCCUGCCCGACAUAGGCAACGUGACACCAAGCGACAGCCAGCUGAUCCUUGCUUCCCCGAGCCCGGCGGUCAGCGGCCGGAAGUAGCCCGCCCGGGGGCGGGGAAAGGUGCCUUAAGGAGGAGCUAGGGGCGUGUGGCCAAUUGCAAGCGACUGUCCCAGCGAAGAGGGCGGAAGAGGAGAGAUCCAGUUCCGGACGCGGCCGCCGCCGUCGCCGCCAUCUGUCACCUCCGCUCCGGCAUCAGCAGCCAGUUGUCCCUGCCCCGCCUGUCUCCUCGGCGGAGCCUGCUUCCCAUCUUGCCACCUCUCUGCUCUGUUCUUGUCUCUGCCUUCAUCCCAGAAUGGAUCUGGUAGGAGUGGCAUCGCCUGAGCCCGGGCCGGCUGCGGCCUGGGGACCCAGCAAGGGUGAAUGAAAGUCACAGCAGACCUUCAGGAAGCCUCUUCUCUCCCAAGUCUGGCCUUACAGAAGGCCGGAACGGUUCUGUGACAGUGUAUGGCAGUGUCCAUGGGCUAUCCCUCAGAAUACAAUAUCUUGUUCGUUGGCUGAUGUAAUGAGUGAACAGCUGGCCAAAGAAUUGCAGUUAGAAGAAGAAGCUGCCGUUUUUCCUGAAGUUGCCGUUGCUGAAGGACCGUUUAUUACUGGAGAAAACAUUGAUACGUCCAGUGACCUUAUGCUGGCUCAGAUGCUACAGAUGGAAUAUGACAGAGAAUAUGAUGCACAGCUUAGGCGUGAAGAAAAAAAAUUCAAUGGAGAUAGCAAAGUUUCCAUUUCCUUUGAAAAUUAUCGAAAAGUGCAUCCUUAUGAAGACAGCGAUAGCUCUGAAGAUGAAGUUGACUGGCAGGAUACUCGUGAUGAUCCCUACAGACCAGCAAAACCGGUUCCCACUCCUAAAAAGGGCUUUAUUGGAAAAGGAAAAGAUAUCACCACCAAACAUGAUGAAGUAGUAUGUGGGAGAAAGAACACAGCAAGAAUGGAAAAUUUUGCACCUGAGUUUCAGGUAGGAGAUGGAAUUGGAAUGGAUUUAAAACUAUCAAACCAUGUUUUCAAUGCUUUAAAACAACAUGCCUACUCAGAAGAACGUCGAAGUGCCCGCCUGCAUGAGAAGAAGGAACAUUCUACAGCAGAAAAAGCAGUUGAUCCUAAGACACGUUUACUUAUGUAUAAAAUGGUCAACUCUGGAAUGUUGGAGACAAUCACUGGCUGUAUUAGUACAGGAAAGGAAUCUGUUGUCUUUCAUGCAUAUGGAGGGAGCAUGGAAGAUGAAAAGGAAGAUAGUAAAGUUAUACCUACAGAAUGUGCCAUCAAGGUAUUUAAAACAACCCUUAAUGAGUUUAAGAAUCGUGACAAAUAUAUUAAAGAUGAUUUCAGGUUUAAAGAUCGCUUCAGUAAACUAAAUCCACGUAAGAUCAUCCGCAUGUGGGCAGAAAAAGAAAUGCACAAUCUUGCAAGAAUGCAGAGAGCUGGAAUUCCUUGUCCAACAGUUGUACUACUGAAGAAACACAUUUUAGUUAUGUCUUUUAUUGGCCAUGAUCAAGUUCCAGCCCCUAAAUUAAAAGAAGUAAAGCUCAAUAGUGAAGAAAUGAAAGAAGCCUACUAUCAAACUCUUCAUUUGAUGCGGCAGUUAUAUCAUGAAUGUAGGCUUGUCCAUGCUGACCUCAGUGAGUAUAACAUGCUGUGGCAUGCUGGAAAGGUCUGGUUGAUCGAUGUCAGUCAGUCAGUAGAACCUACCCAUCCUCAUGGCCUGGAGUUCUUGUUCCGGGACUGCAGGAAUGUCUCGCAGUUUUUCCAGAAAGGAGGAGUCAAGGAAGCCCUUAGUGAACGAGAACUCUUCAGUGCUGUUUCAGGCUUAAACAUCUCAGCAGAUAAUGAAGCUGAUUUUUUAGCUGAGAUAGAAGCUUUGGAGAAAAUGAAUGAAGAUCACGUUCAGAAGAAUGGAAGGAAAGCUGCUUCCUUUUUGAAAGAUGAUGGAGACCCACCAGUACUAUAUGAUGAAUAGCACUGAUACCCACUGCUUCAGUGUUAACACAGCAGUGAGUGUCAGCUGCCAAUAGCAAAUGAAGUUGUGGGCGACUCGAAAUGCCAGAACACGGGGAGUGGGCAAUGGUGCUUCUCUGCUUCCCCCCUUGUAACCCAUGUGCCAGAUGUGUGGAAUCUUUAGCUCAGCAUUGAGAGAAUAAAAUGUCACUACCUCUCAUCUUAUGAACAGGAUAAUAUAAUUCUUUAACAGCUAUAGGUUAUCUGGCUGAAGUAGACCUAAUUUUACAUGACUUGUAGUGUAAAAUGUCUUGAUGAUAAUUUUUAAAACUUAGGCAACAUUUCCAAAUAUGGGAGGAAAGGACAGAUGUGUUUACAAGGGAGGGUUUCAUUACAACGUAUUUGCUUUAUUCACCUCCCUGUUUUGUGUUGCAUCUUUCCUUGAAUAUUUUAUUGGCCCAGAGUUAGCCUUUCUCAAUUAUGUUUCCAGAUGGUGGCCGUGAUUCUAAAGGAAAAUGUGUGCUCUUUAAUGGGUAGAACAAAUGGAAAUUUGGUUUCAGAAUGGCUGACAGAAAUAGACAUAAGCCAUGUAAUUUUUGUUGAUAUAUCAUGAAAAUGAACAGAAUUCUUUUUCCAUACUUACAUCUAAGAAAAGGCAUCAUAGGUUUCUGAGAGAGAUAAAUAUAUAACAGCUUUUUAACUAUCCAGUCAACUUUCAGCUUUUCUACAUUUAGGUAAAAUGGUUAGGAUAUAACUCAUAUAGUGUGGCUAAUCUACAUUUAUCAAUAAAAUGUAAAUUAUCUGACAGGACAGAAUAUAAGAUUGAACCAUGUUUGACGUAUUUUAAUUUAGUUAAUGAAGCAAAAUUCCGUUUACAUGUCACUAAAACUGUGUACUUGAUUGACUUUCAGAGAAAUAUCACAAAUUAGAAAUAUUAAAUCAAAGGAUAAAAGGUAUAUAUAAAACAAUUUGGGGGCCAGGUGCCGUUCAAGCAAUUCAAACAGGAAAAUCGCUUGAACCUGGGAGGCGGAGGUUGCAGUGAGCUGAGAUCAUGCCACUGCACUCCAGCCUGGGCGACAGAGUGAGACUCUGUCUCCAGGAAAAAAAAAAAACCAAACCCAAUUUAGAUACCAAAUUAAUAAACUAAUUUGAGCUAUCUGGCCUUACUCUUAGUAGUUUUUAGUACGUGCUGGACACCACUUUGAAAAAGCAAUCACUGUGCUAGAAAAGUAUAUUGGCUUUGUUAGGAUUGAAGUUCAUUAACUUCAAUGUAAUCAUUCCUCCUAUUACUGAAGUCAGAUUGGAACCACUAAAGAUCCAAACCUUCUGUCUGGUAAUAGAAAGUAAGAAUCUAGACAUCAUUUACAUUUGAGAAAGCUGUUUUUAACAUUAUUUAAAAAUGCCAAAUAUGUUCUUUCUAGAAAAAUAUUUAUUUUUGUUUUUGUUGGAUAGCUUUUAAUUGCAUUUCAGAGAAGUGUGAUUUUGGGUAGAUGCUAAUUACAUUUUUGAAAGAUUUACUGUUCCAAAAUAAAGAUUUAGAUGACUGGUGAUACUGACUUUACAGAAAUUUCAGAGAACUAAUUUUUAAAACAUUUAAAACUUUUUUUGUUUUGUUUUCUGACAUAUUCUGACAAAGAGAGCAACCCACUGCUGUGUGGCAUUCUUGGAGUGUGCUGUGAAUGUGCUUUUUAAGAAAUUAAAAAGAGAUCCUUUUAAAAUUG